UUGGCUAUUUGGCCGGAGGCUCAGAUGGUCAGCUGUUUUGCGUCUGCGGCCCCGGGGCAGCGGCCCCAGCAUUAGAUGGACCGAGCCUUGCUGAGAGCAGGGCAGUGAGGCAGAUAAGGAGUGGGAGCGGCUGGGGCUUCCCAGGAGGCCUGUGCCCAGCACACUCUGGUCACCAGACUGCGCAAACACCACCACAGAGCCCCUCUGGGGCACCGGCUCCGGCACUGGCAACGAGUCCCUGGAUGCCUCUAGACGGGGCGUGCAGACUGUUCCUCUCUGCUCAGGUGUGGGUUGGAGAGCAGCAAGGAUGCAAGGCAGAGGCACGCAUCCAGUCUCCCUGAUUCUGCAGGGAUACAGAGGUGGACUUUCCUUGGAGAUCUCGAUUAAAACUGAGGACCUCAGUGACUCCUUGCAGCAGACCCUCUCGCAUCGGCCAUGUCACCUGAGUCAAGGACCUGCCAUGAUGUCUGGAAACCAAAUGUCUGGGGACAUGACCUCCCUCCAUCCGCUCCAGCAGCUCGUGCUGGUUCCUGGCCACCUCCAGUCCGUAUCCCAGUUCCUGCUAUCCCAGACCCAAUCUGGGCAACAAGGUCUGCAGCCAAAUCUUCUCCCCUUUCCGCAGCAACAGAGCUCUCUCCUCCUCCCGCAGACCGGGCCUGGCCUGGCGUCCCAGGCAAUUGGGCGCCCCGGGCUGCCGGGAUCUUCUUUAGACCCCCAUCUGGAAGCGUCCCCACAUCUCCCAGCGCCGAAGCAUCUACCCAGCUCUGGAGGGGCUGAUGAGCCCAGUGACCUGGAAGAGCUGGAGAAGUUUGCCAAGACCUUCAAGCAGAGGCGCAUUAAGCUGGGUUUCACACAGGGAGAUGUGGGGCUGGCGAUGGGAAAACUGUACGGUAAUGACUUCAGCCAGACCACCAUCUCGCGAUUUGAGGCCCUCAAUCUGAGCUUCAAGAACAUGUGCAAGCUCAAGCCACUGCUGGAGAAAUGGUUGCACGAUGCAGAAACCUCUCCAUCGGACCCCUCGGGGAGCACCCCCAGCUCUUUCCCCACCCUCAAUGAAGUGUUUGGUAGGAAGAGGAAGAAACGGACCAGCAUCGAGACCAAUAUCCGCCUGACUCUGGAGAAGAGAUUUCAAGAUAACCCCAAACCCAGCUCAGAAGAGAUCUCCAUGAUUGCAGAGCAGUUGUCCAUGGAGAAGGAGGUGGUGAGAGUCUGGUUCUGCAAUCGACGUCAGAAGGAGAAGCGAAUCAACUGCCCCGUGACCACACCCAUCAAAUCUCCCAUCUACAACUCCCGCUUGGUCUCUCCCUCUGGGUCUCUGGGCCCCCUCUCUGUCCCUCCUGUCCACAGCACCAUGCCUGGAACAGUAACGUCAUCCUGUUCCCCUGGGAACAACAGCGGGCCUUCGUCUCCCGGCUCCGGACUCCACGCCAACAGCCCCACUGCAUCUCAAAAUAACUCCAAAGCGGCAAUGAGCGCCUCCGGUUUUAACUCUUCGGGAUCUUGGUACCGAUGGAAUCAUCCCACCUACCUCCACUGAGACCAAAAAGUUUCUCCUAAUCCACCUGGCCCUGUAUUCCCCACUGGAAGGAAGGGAAUCACGCCUUCUGUGUAUGGACAGCUUACGGUCAGAAGAGUGAAAGAGAAUCCCCACUGUCAACCCAAACUCUUGCUUCUUCAGGAGUGAGGGCCCCCAGAGAUCUAAACUGUGAUUGAAGCAUGUGUGGACUCCUAGUGCUCUUGAAACAUAUGCCCCUCCUCGCUGUUUACCAUUUUCACCUUCCAUCCCCGUGCUCCUCUCUCCUAGUUCUAAAUAUCUCAGACGGCUUCACUGUGGCAGUAGUCUCUCGGAGAAAGGACAUCUUGCCACGAUUUCCCAAUGCAUCCGUGGGCCUCUCGGGGACAGACGUUUGCCUGGUGUGCCAAACAACCGGAAGGAGAGAUGAUGGUUUUGACUCUGAACUUAGCCUCCACCUCUGAACCGAUUCUAAAAUCUGUGAAAAGAUUUGAAUCUGAUGUCUCCACCAAAGACUUGAUGUUUUCUCCGUUCAGCAAACUUUUCUGACUGAAUCUUCAUUUCACCCCAUUUUCUCUUUAGCCCCCUUUUCUAGAACCAAGAUCCAGUCGUGAUUGCCUUCUCCAGGUUCUCUCUUCUUUACAGAAGGCUGAGCCACCCUCAGCCCCCGGGGCAUGUUUCUCUGCCCACAGGUGCUCUUUUGUUUGCUAUACCUGCCCCGGAGCUCAGGAGUGCUUGCUCCUUGUCUCCCUCCCCGUCCUUACCUGGGUCCCCUCUCUCCCUCCCCGCCCCCCACCCCCGGCUGCAGAAGAAAGGACACAAAAGCAAAUAUGUAAGAGUUAUGUUGGCAAAAUACCUGUAUAUAGCCCUCUCCAGUUUUUGCAAUGACGUUCUCUCCUUAAUGUGGAAUUUUCCAACAAAAUAUUUAACUCAGGUGUGAAUUUUGAAGAUAUCUCUGUAAUAUUUUAUCUUCUUUUUAAAAAAAGAAAAAGAAAAAGAAAGGAAAAAAAAUGCCAAAGUGUGAAAUACUGUGCUAGCUUCCACAAGAGUUCCCACAUGGGCUGGGAAUCUUUGUUGACUUCUCGGGAACAUUAUUUCUAGUCUCCUUCUUUGUGGGCCAGUGUGUAGAGAUGUAACAUGAAGCCAUUCCAGAGAUGGUAACCUUUUUUUUUUUUUUUUUAAAGACUGUAUAUCCAAGAAAAUGUUGAGAUUCAAAGGAAUCUCUCUGUUCCUAAAUAAAUUUGUAUAGUUA